UGAAAUCAUGGGGUUUGACGGCACUUGGAAGGUAGACCGGAGUGAAAACUAUGACAAGUUCAUGGAAAAAAUGGGUGUUAAUAUAGUGAAAAGGAAGCUUGCAGCUCAUGACAAUUUGAAGCUGACAAUUACACAAGAAGGAAAUAAAUUAGUCAAAGAAUCAAGCACUUUUCAAAACAUUGAAGUUGUUUUUGAACUUGGUGUCACCUUUAAUUACAACCUAGCAGACGGAACUGAACUCAGGGGGACCUGGAGCCUUGAGGGAAAUAAACUUAUUGGAAAAUUCAAACGGACAGACAAUGGAAACGAACUGAAUACUCUCCGAGAAAUUAUAGGUGAUGAACUAGUCCAGACUUACGUAUAUGAAGGAGUAGAAGCCAAAAGGAUCUUUAAAAAGAAUUGAGCAUUAUUCUUGGAGCACAGCCCAAAAUACAAAUUGGACAGAAGAUCUAUAUUGUACCAGAACUGUUUCUUUCACCCCAUCAUGUAUAAGGUUACUGACUGAUUGGUCCUUUUAUAAACAUUGGUAUAUUUCCAUUCAUGCCAAAGCAAAAGAAGUAAAAGCUAAUUAGGAUUUAAUUUGUUUUAUAUUCUCUAAGAUAUAUAUAUUUACUAAAAGAAUUUGUGACAUUUUAAAAAACAAAAAUAAAUAUUGUGUCCAUGUUGCUUUA